UUCCGCAUAGCUCAUCAAUUUUUCUUGCCAUUGUUCUUUCGUUGGGAUUUCUUCAUUCUUCCAUCCUUGUGCUAACAAGACUCUUGCCGUUGUUGUAGCAUACAUAAAUAAGUCCUUUAUUUUUUUUGGCAGGUCUUGCCCUACAAUCCCUAACAAAAAUGCUUCUGGUUUUUUUACAUAUGUUAAUUUAAACAUUUUUUUUCAAUUCAUUAUAUAUCAUUUCCCAAUUUUUUUUUAACUUCUCUACAUUCCCACCACAUAUGAUAAAAGGUCCUUUCUUUUUCUUUACAUUUCCAACAUGUGUUUAACCCGGUUUUAUACAUUUUUGUUAUCUGUACUGGUGUUAUAUACCAUCUAUACAUCAUUUUCAUAUAGUUUUCUUUCAAAAGAGAACAGUCUGUAAAUUUUUAAAAUAUUUUCCACGCUUUUCCCCAGUCCUCAAAUUGUAUAUUGUGUCCUAUAUCUUGUGCCCAUUUGAUCAUAACUGAUUUGACCUCCUCAUCUUUUAUUUCCCAUUCUAGCAAGAUACUAUAUGCUUUGUUCAGCAACUUCACUUCUUCUAUAACUUCCCUUUGAAAUCCAGAAGUUGUAUAACUAAACCCCUUCUUGUUGUCUUCCUUGUACAUCUCAUGUAAUUGUCUGUAGUGUAACCAACUCUGAAAAUGAUCUUUUAUUUCCUCAUAAUCUUUUAAUUUCCAUUUUCCUUCUUGAUCCUUCAACAAAUCUCUAUAUAUAGGCCAACUAAAUAUUGAUACAUUUCCCACAGUUUUCAUUUACCUAAAUUGUCCAUAAACUUCUUUACUUUACAAGUGAUUCUUAAAGUCCAACUAACGUUUUGAUUUGCUUGCAGUAAUCUCUUAGGCAAAAUUAUAAAUUUUCCCCAUUCUUUUUUAAAUUCCUUAUCUUCUUGACUGCAGAGUCUCGUGGUAAAUUUUGCCAUUUCGGCAGAGUCUAGCAGUUUGACUUGCCAUUCUUCCCUAAUCAAGAUUGUUGCAUAUUUCCAUUUUUGGGAUAAUAACAUCCAUGCAGCUGUUGUCGCAUACAUAGUCUUUCCUGGUCUUUUGGGAUCUUGGUACCUGUAAUUCCUAAUAAAAGGCUUCUAGUUUCUUAACAAAAGUUGUUUUAAACAUUUUUUCAAUUCCUUAUAUACCAUUUCCCAAAAUAAUUUUGUUAUCUUACAUGACCACCACAUCUCUUUUCUUUUCUCUUCCUCUCUUUGGCAAUCACUCAUACCUGAGUAAGAUUAUCUUCCACAAACGCAGUUUUAACAAUGAGUCCGUAAGUGACUGUGGAGGCCAAUUCUGGAUCCACACGACCUUCCACAGAGGGGACGUUGGUUUCCGGGCGGGAGUUGAUCACAGUGUGGAUUUGCCAAGCGUGCCUUCCUCCUAGCACGUUUCUCCCUUGCAUCCCGAGUUUGAGUGUCCUCAAAGCCCAUGACACGUUCUCCAAUUGGAGCGCUCGCAGGCAAGCGUUUCCCAGUUGUUGGUAUUUAUACUACAUUUUUAAAUAUUUGUCUUGAGACAGUCUUUAAACCACUUUUGUUGACCACCAACAUUACGUUUCCCCUUUUUAAGUUUGGGGUAGAGUAGUUGCUUUGGAAGAUUAUAAUCAGGCAUCCGCACAACAUGACCAGGCCAUCAAAGUUGAUGUUGAAGAACCAUUUACACAUAUAGUAAAAGGUACCCACGUCUCUUUACAUUUCCAGCAGGUAUUUGAAUUUGUUCUAUACAUUUUAAAUAACUUGCUAGGAGUCAAAUACCACUGAUACAUCAUUCUCAUAUAGUUUUAUUUCAAUGUACAACAAGCUGUAAAGUCCAGAUCUGUUUUCCAAAGCCUCUCCCAAUCUGCCAUUUGUAUGUUAUGCCCUUAGUCCUUUGCCCAUUUAAUCAUAACUGAUUUGACUUGUUCAUCCUUUGUUACCAUUCAAGGAGCAAGUUAUACAUUUUAGACAGAUUUUUGUUGUUACUUCCUAAGAGUUCAUUUUGAAAUUGUGAUAUCUCAUAACUAAAACUUUUCUUUUUGUCUGUCUUAAAGAUAUUGUUUAGUUGAUGGUACUGUAACCAGUCAGUUACAGCUUUCCUUAUCUCUUCAAAAAAAUUUAAUUUUAGUUGGUUUUCAUCUUCAGUUAACAGCUCUCUGUAAAUCGGCCAAUUACUUCUCAUAUUCCAUUUUUUCAGAGAUAUUGCUUCAAGGGGGAAAGCCACCAGCAAUUUUUUAUUUGCUCAAGCAAAUUUUUAUACUUCUCCCAUACCCUAAAAAUUGAUUUUCUUACUAUAGUGGUACCUCGGGUUAAGAACUUGAUUCGUUCUGGAGGUCUGUUCUUAAUCUGAAACUGUUAUUAACCUGAAGCACCACUUUAGCUAAUGGGGCUCCCGCUGCUGCUAUGCCGCCGGAGCACAAUUUCUGUUCUUAUCCUGAAGCAAAGUUCUUAACCCAAGCUACUAUUUCUGGGUUAGUGGAGUCUGUAACCUGCAGCUUCUGUAACCCGAGGUACCACUGUAUAUGAUUCUGAAAAGCUCUAUGCACCUCCCAGAUCUAAAAUACCUCCCAGAGGUAUUUCAAAAUGUCCUCCCAGAUCUAAAAUACCUGUGUUUUCCAAUGUAAUCAAUUCCCGGUUCUAGCAGAUACAGGAUGCUUCAUACUAAAGUUUCAAAUCCAGCAGGGUGAAAGAAGAAGAGGAGUUUGAAUUUGAUAUCCCACUUUAUCACUACCCGAAGGAGUCUCAAAGCGGCUAACAAUCUCCUUUCCCUUCCUCCCCCACAACAAACACUCUGUGAGGUGAGUGGGGCUGAGAGACUGAGAGACGUCAGAGAAGUGUGAGGAAGAUGACGGCCAGUAUUCUAUGGAGCCUGUGAAUUCAUUAGGAAGAACAAAGAAACAGUUUAAAUGCAUGGAAUGUGGCAUGUACUUUAGUCACAGGGGAAGACUGAGGAUACACCAACAAAUUCACACAGGGGAGAAACCAUUUAAAUGUAUUGAAUGUGGAAAGAGCUUCAGUCAAAGUGGAUCACUUAGAACACAUCAACGAACUCACACGGGGGAGAAACCAUUUAAAUGUAUUGAAUGUGGAAAGUGCUUCAAUCAAAGUGGAGCACUUAGAAAACAUCAACGAACUCACACGGGCGAGAAACCCUUUAAAUGUAUUGAAUGUGGAAAGAGCUUCAGUGGAAGUGGACACCUUAGAAUGCAUCAACGAACUCACACGGGGGAGAAACCAUAUAAAUGUAUUGAAUGUGGAAAGACCUUCAGUGAAAGUGGGAAACUUAGAAUGCAUCAACAAACUCACACAGGGGAGAAACCAUUUGAAUGUAUUGAUUGUGGAAAGUGCUUCAGUAGAAUUGAACACUUUAGAACACACCAACGAACUCACACAGGGGAGAAACCAUUUAAAUGUAUUGAAUGUGGAAAGAGCUUCAGUGAAAGGGGAAACCUUAGAACACACCAACGAACUCCCACGGGGGAGAAACCAUUUAAAUGUCUUGAUUGUGGAAAGUGCUUCAGUAGAAUUGAACACUUUAGAACACACCAACGAACUCACACAGGGGAGAAACCAUUUAAAUGUAUUGACUGUGGAAAGAGCUUCAGUGAAAGUGGAGCACUUAGAAAACAUCAACGAACUCACACGGGCAAGAAACCAUUUAAAUGUAUUGAAUGUGGAAAGAGCUUCAGUGGAAGUGGAUCACUUAGAAAACAUCAACGGACUCACACUGGGAAGAAGCCAUUUAAACGUAUUGAAUGUUGAAAGAGCUUCAUUGAAAAGGAACACCUUAGGAAAAAUCAGCUAACUCACACGGGGGGAAAUUAUAGAUGUAUGGAAUCUGGAAAGAGCUCCAGAGGGAGUGGAGACCUUAAUAUUCAUAAGCAAAUUCACACAGGCGGAUAACCAUAUAAAUGUAUGGAGUUUUCCGCUCAGGGUUCCCCGUGUUCCUGAUAAGUGACGAUGACUGUCAAGUCUCUGGAUGUGCAGAAAAGAAUUUGGUAGUGUUUGUUUUCCAUCUUCGGGGCCAUGCUGUUUGGAGACCCUUGCUUUUUUAAUUUGAACUGUUGAUCUGGAUAGCUUGGAAUCUGGCAUUCUGGACUUUCCCCACAAUGCUGCUUAUUGGUCAGAACAGAGAGCUGGAUCCGGAUUUCCUGCUUCAGUGCAUCAUUCCCACGUACACUUCCUCAGUUUGUGAAUAUGGCUGCUUUGGAUUCCUUUGGGCCAGUUACUAAUAAUCUACUUUUGUUGUUCAAAAUGGGUUUUUGCUGGUAAUGGGUUCAUGAAAUUUCAAUAAAGCAAAGAUCCCUUUCAAGAGA